GCGCUCGGCCGCCGCCGGGCCCAAGGGCAGCGCGGAGCGGCUCGGAGAUGGUGCCGCUGGUGCGGGGCGCCGGGGGCUCCCACCAGUGGCUGGCGGCCGUGCUGCUCGGCCUCUGCUGCCUGCUGCCCGCCGGGCGGCUCGCCGCGCCGGGAGGGGACUUCCCCGGGGCUGCCGCGGACAGCCUGGUGGUGCGGAAGGGGGACACGGCCGUGCUCAGGUGUUACUUGGAAGAUGGAGCUUCCAAAGGCGCGUGGCUGAACCGCUCGAGCAUUAUUUUUGCUGGCAGUGACAAAUGGUCGGUGGACCCUCGAGUUUCCAUCGCGACAGCAAACAGGAGAGAGUACAGCCUGCAGAUCCAGGACGUGGACGUGACAGAUGACGGUCCCUACACCUGUUCUGUGCAAACCCAGCACACUCCCAGAACGAUGCAGGUGCACCUAACUGUGCAAGUUUCUCCGAAGAUAUUUCGUAUUUCGAGUGACAUCGUUGUGAACGAAGGCAGCAAUGUUACUCUCGUGUGUUUGGCCACCGGGAAACCAGAGCCCUCCAUUUCCUGGAGACACAUCUCUCCAUCUGCAAAACCAUUUGAGAGCGGGCAGUACCUGGACAUCUAUGGAAUUACAAGAGAUCAGGCUGGGGAGUAUGAAUGCAGCGCAGAAAACGACGUCUCAGUCCCAGACGUGAAAAAAGUAAAAGUCACAGUAAACUUUGCUCCCACAAUUCAGGAACUUAAGUCCAGCGGAGUGAUGCUCGGAGGGAACGGCCUCAUCCGGUGCGAAGGCGCGGGCGUUCCUGCCCCGGUCUUUGAGUGGUACAGAGGAGAGAGGAAACUGAUCAGUGGUCAACAAGGAAUUACUAUUAAAAAUUAUAGCACGAGAUCACUUCUUACUGUUACCAAUGUGACAGAAGAGCACUUUGGCAACUAUACCUGUGUUGCUGCCAACAAGCUUGGGAUGACCAAUGCCAGCCUGCCUCUCAACCAAAUAAUUGAGCCUACUACCUCUAGUCCUGUCUCAAGCCCAGCUCCCAGUACGGCCCAGUAUGGGAUCACCGGGGACGCCGAGGUCCUGUUCUCCUGCUGGUACCUUGUGUUGACACUGUCCUCCCUCACCAGCAUAUUCUACCUGAAGAACAUCAUUCUGCACUGAGUGUAAAGAACCCUAAAAGGCUUUUAAGGAUUCUCUGAAAGUGCUGAUGACUGGAUCUGAUCUGGUAGAGUUUGUUAAAAGCAGCGUGGGAUAUAAUCAGCAGUGCUUGCGUGGGGAUGAUCGCCUUCUGUAGAAUUGCUCAUUAUGUAAAUACCUUAAUUCUACUCCUUUUUUGAUUAGCUGCAUUACCUUGUGAAGCAGUACACAUUGUCCUUUUUUAAGACGUGAAAGCUCUGAAGUUACUUUUAGAGGGUAUUAAUUGUGAUUUCAUGUUUGUAAUCUACAAGUUUUCAAAAGCAUUCAGUCAUGGUCUGCUGAACUGCAGACCGUAGUUUACAAAAAGAAAAAAAGGAGAAUAUUGCAGUAAAAUGGGCUUCUUUAAGGCUGCAAUACAACAUUCAGUUCCCUUCUUAAAUAACAUUCUCUCCACAUGUACACAGGAACUUUUUUUUUUUUAAUUAAAAAAAAAAUCAAAUAAUCUUGCCUUCAAAAUAUUUCUUCGGAAUACUACACAUAUCUAGAUUUUCUUCCAGCAUGAUAUUCAGGUUUCAAAAAUGAGCCUUGUAUUAUAACUGCAUUGUGCAGUACUGCUUUUUGAUUUCUUCCUUUUUCCUGCAAAUUCAGCAUGGGUGUGCCUUCAUAAAACACUAUUUUCCUCUUCCUUUCCAACAAAUCCGGAAUGUGCUUUGGGAAAUGCUACAGCAUCCUUUUGAGCAUAACCGAUCUCUGAGGACGAAGGUGCUAUUGAUAGGCAGAAGGCCUCCUCUCCCAUCUCCAGUGGGUAAUGGGACUGCUUCAGUACAUUUUUAGGCAAUCAGACAAGGACAGCACCGGUCCCUUUUCAUUUCCCCCCUACUAAGCGGUGGACGAUGUGCAUUAAGAACGAGUUUCCCCACUACAAAAGAGAAUGCAAAUUAUUUUGAGACAUCUUUUGAAUGUAAGAAGGUUUCCCGUAGUCAUUCUAAAUCAGAAUUCCUAAGUGGCUGUAAAUGUGAGGAGCUGAAUCAUCCCUUUUGUAUUACUGGCAAAAAUAUGAUGUGAAUUGGUAUUUUUCUUGCACUUGAUUUUGUACUGGUUUGGCUAAUUUAGCAAUGAUAAAGGAUGCUUUUAAGUAUUAGAUAUCUGAAAAUACAUAAAGUAUCAAGCAGAAUUUUAUAUAUAUACAUAUAUAUAUAUAAAAUACAGAUAUAUAUUAAAAUGAGGUUGCUCCAAUAACCGUACUGAAGUGCAUGCUGCCGUCAGUGACGCAUCUACAGACAGGACUUCAUUCCUGAUGUACACACACUGUGCAGAUAGCUUAACACAGCAGUUUAGUCAUCAUACACCAUCUCCUAGGACUGCAGUCUAUCAAGAUAAGACUCAUUAAACUCAAUGAAGGAUCAAGUUUCAAAAGAGCAUCUAGAAUCACUAUUUUUUUCUAAGCAGCCCCAUACUACAUCAGUGCAAAACAUUGCUGCAGUUUACAGCUGAGUUUAGAAAUGCCAUCCUUGUAAGUUGCUGGGAUGUGACUGUGUCCAAUAGCCUUAGAACACAACGUCUCCUAUUGACCCAGUAGAUGCUGAUGUGCUUAAAGAAACAACAGCUGACGACACGAAUAACAAAGCCAUUAUAUAAGUACUGCAUUCCCCCUCCUAACGAUAAGGUUUGUGGUUAGCAAUACCAGAUGAGUGCUGUGCAUACGCAGCAGUUCCAAAUCCCCCCGUGUCUGAAAAGGCAAAUUGUGAGUUGGGUUGGACUCACUGUGCACUGUCCCAUGCUGAAGCACAGGCACAGUGUGCGGUGAAGCUGUUGCAGUUACUGAUGAGCCCAGAUGCACGGAGUGAAAUGCAUCGAGUCCAAAAUACGGCAAUAAAGCGUCCUAGGUCUGCCUGUGCUCAGUGACAGGCUGUGCCAUUUCUGUCACGUCGUUUGCAGCUGCGUGCUGAGCAGUGGCCAUCUUCAGAAGCGUGGCAUUUCUGUAAAACCUUGAAUAACAUGACCAAACUCGUUGUUGAAGGAAACGGUUUAAAGCCAACUCAAAUACACAGUAGCCCUUAUAUUCUUCUCUCCCUUGUAUUGCAGCUUUAAAGUGCCAUAUUUUAGAAUCUGUUCAUUGGAAAGAGUGGUGCUGCAGAAAACAUCACGUCAGGGCAGACUUGUGAAGAAAGUACAGGGGUGUGUGUAACCCAGCCCACCUGCUGCUCCUCGUGUGAAUGUGAGACGGGCUGUGCUGGGGCUGGGUCCAAUUGGGCAUUUCCAUUAUGAUUUUAUUUUGGUGAUUCCUGACAUCUGAAACAACCCCAGCAACAGAAUGGAAUGAACGGCAGCUUAAUUAAACUUGAAGAAAAGGAAGGAUUGGCUGAUGGCAGAUGUGGAACCACUGGGUUAUGUGGACAAAGCUUUCAGCCCCAUUAAUUCUCCGUUAAAUUUGUGGGUACAUUGUUGUUGUCACUUCCAAAAAGGAAAAGAGCCCACGAAUGUUUCUGGGUGCCAGUAGCAGUUUGUCAGACAGAGGAGGUGUCUGAGCACUGAGCAGAGCCGUGUGCUUGGGGUGCAUGGGCUCACAACCCCGUGUGCCCCAGUGCCAGCAGAGCUGCCCCUCGCUGUGCAGCCAACACAGGGCACGGGUGCUUGGCUUUGUGCUCCUGCCUUGAAAGAUAUGAUAUGUGGAGUUAAACAAGCUCAGGUUCUGGCAGGAUCAGAGCCCUAGGAGGCAUUGAUCCCAUAAAGAACCUCAGCUCUGUGGUUAAUCUGUUCUGCAUGGUAAAGGUAGUCGUGCAGUUUGGGAUUUGCUGGGACGUCCUUCCAGCACGGGCUGUGCAGGCUGCUGCAAGCUGAAGGCUGCAGCACUGGGCAGAGCCCAUUCUCUCUUUAGUUUGUGGGGUGUGUUUGCUUUAGGCAGCCAUCGGACGGAACGUUCUGUGCUUCUUGGAAUGGUUGACCCGUACUGUUCAUCUCUGUUGAUCAAAUCGCAUUCUAUUUAUUCCCACCUUUAAAAAGUAAAAAAUAAACAGCUCAGCUCCAAGCAGUAUAACUGAAUACGUAUAUGAAGAUCACUGUCUGCAUGGGAAACCCCAAGGUCUGUAAUGCUGUAAGUUCCCACUCGUGCGAUAACUCAGGGCUGCUAAUCACCGUUGCAUCGGUGACGUGAGCAGCAGCAGCAAUGCUCAAAGAGAGGCAUUGCUGAUCAGGAUAUUAUUCUAUUACGGAAUUAAACUCGUAACUUCUUGAACGGAUGCCAUUUCUCAAGGUUUAUAACGUGGCAGGAAGUGUAUCCAUCACUGCUAGACAGCUUUUUUUAAACUUUUCAAUAUAUAUAUUUUUGUUAGAAACUGUGCUGUUUUUUAAGAUACAGGGGUGUUAAACACCGUCGCCAGGAAAAGCUGCUUCUUUGCACAUUUUCAAAGUUAGCAUUCUAGACCAACUAUGGUAAAUGUUACACUUACCAAAAUCUCUUCUUAUUCCACAUAAGUGUGUUGUAAAGAAUGUGUAUACCAAAAUACGUAUUUACAUGGAUGAACAAUAUGCCUUAAAGACUCAGUGUGCGUUUACUUCUGAGACUGGACAAGAUUUGUGCCCAGUCUGGAGGUAAAUAAUCCAUACUUCAUAGCCUGCCAUGGGAGAUUUCAUUUCUUCAAAAAAUAAUAAUAAUAAAAGAAAAAGAAAAAGGAAAAUUUGGUUUCUUUUCAAAGAAUCUUAAUGAAUUUUGAAAUUCUGGCAUGAUCUGGCAUAUGUGAGGAAGUGUAGGAAAGGGGUGAAGCUUUAUCUCUGGCUCCAGUAGUGAGCAGCCUGUUUGCAGUGUUGUGCCAGCAUCAGGCACUGCCAUAGAGACCUCGUUCCUGUGCCAAGGCCACAGGCAGCCUGUCCCUGUUCUCAUCCCUGAUCCUGUCCCUGUUCUCAUCCCUGGUUCUGUCCCCAGCCCAGUCAUGGCCAAGCCAUCACGUCAGCACUGCCUGUCCUCCUUCUUGCCCCUACUGGGGACCAGCAACCCAUAGCCUCCACGUGUGCCACAGCACACAGAAUUCUUUGACACCAUAAACUGUUUUAAAAAUAAAGAAAUAAAAUAAUCAUAAGUGAGAAACAUAAAUUCUUCAUUCAGCCUUAACAGGGAGUAGAUCGAUAGUUGGAAGGAGGAAUUUGCUCUGCCUGUGUUGAUGCACUGGACACACUUAGGCAGGGUUGGCUCCAAUUUUUGGCUGUGCCUGGUGUUUCCUCACUGAGCACAGAGCGAAGGCAGGGCGCUCACUGCGGUCAAGGACACCCGUAGCACAUCUGGACGCAGCCCAGACUGCUGCAGGAGGGGCUCAGGACAGCAGGAGUGGAUUCUCAGGGACUGCUGCUCUGAAAUAGUCCCUCAGCAAAGGCAGGCAGACCUCACCUUCAGCACUGAGCCAACACACAUUUGCUCCUACAGCUUUCCGCCUAAUUCCUGGAGAGCUCAGAGGUUCCUUUAUAUUAGAAAAUCCUUAUGUUAAGAACUGUACACAUGGCCAUGUUUUCACAUCCCAUAGCCUUAGUUUCCAGCCCUCUGUCUUUUAAAGAACACGGAGCUUUCCCGUCAGCAUGUGGGGUUGAGUCUGGACAAGCUGCAGGGCUGAUCUGUCAAGCUCUGUGUGCUGUCCUGCCUCCUGCUGAGGUUACGGGGUCAUCGGGCUGCCAUGCCAUCAAGUCAUCAGGCUAUGGAGCCUUUGGGUAAUCAGGCCUUGUGGCAACAGACCUCCAUCCCUCAGGCCUCCAGCCAUCGGGACAUUGAAGGCCAUUGGGUGACGAGCCAUCGUGGCGCUGGGACAGCAGCUCACCAUCAGGCUGUAAGGCCAGCAGAUGAGCAGAGCAGCAGCCAAGGGACGUGCCAACUGCUGGCCCUGCACUGCGGUCCUGGUGGCCGCUUAGUGGUCCUGCAGGGCUCCCUCUAAGCAUGCCAGCCCCUGUCCCUGGGACAGGAGAGGUGCAGCAAGGACCUUCCCUGAGGGCACUCAGCAAUCCAGUGCGAGCACCUCUAAACCAAACUGCAAGCAGUAAUGCAAAGUAACACAGCUGAAAGUCAUUUUACUUGUGGUCACUUUGAUCACCUGGGAGCUCCUCAUGUAGCCUCCGUGGCUGCUGUGCCAUCAGGUAAACCUGAGCCCCAUUAGAAGAGUAAAUUACAUGGGUGCAGCAAGCCAGAGCCAAGUGAGGAGGGGAGGUGAGCAGGAGCCAGUGUUGUGCUGCAGACACAGGAAUUUCCCCUCCUAUCCUCCAAAUAUAAAAGUAUUCAUUAUUCCUCCAAACCUUUUUUUUUUUAAUGCUGCCAGAUACAAAAUGCCUGUAAUGAUGAUAUAUAUCAUAUUUGGUAUCUAGAGGGUGAAAUUUCUCCUCUCCGAGCACACAUCCAUCCUUCUCUUUAUUAUUUUUCAGCCAAAACCAAAACACAAUUCGCACAUUACAUGAUGCAAUUUAUGUGCAAUAACACCAGCUUUUCCACUUAUCAAAACCAUUAUAGUCAUAAGCACAUAACUCCCAUUAACCUCAGUGACAGCGACUUAAAUGUGAACCACAAGUGAGAAUAAACCUUAAAGAUGUCAUUUAACAGCAGCAGCCUUGUUUUCUGGUAUGUGUCUACUGGUGAGAUGGAGGCUCAUUUCUUCCCCCUGAACCUUUCUGGUAUUUCCUCCUGCUGCAAAGUGCCCUUUCCCUACCUGCAGUGCGGUCAGGUCAGAGGUGUGGUGGUGGGAUGUGCUUUGUGCUCAUGGAGCAUCACCUCGGGCAGCAGCACCCAGCAGUGCCCAGGGAGCCCACGCCGUGCUAACGAGGCAGCUCUGCGCUGCAAUUCCAGCUCUGUAGCAGCUCUGGGAGAUAGCACAGUUCAUUAGGCUACAACAGCUUAAAGAUGUUAAAAAGGCUGGUUUUCCUCUCUCGUUUAAGUGCGUUGGGUUGCUCUUCCGUGGAACUUUGAAUUCACUGUUUUCUUCAUUAACUUUGACCUUUUUACAUCUAUUACAAUAAGAAAAAGAUAGAGUUAACUUUAGAGCAAGCUACUGCAAAUUCACUUUGCCUGGGCUUCUACAAAGCCUGGUGCAAGAAAGCCACUUUCCUACACUAAAAGGAUUUAAGGUUAGGGAUACUAAGCUGCUCUGAGUCGUUCCUCACCCACUCUCAGCUGGGCACAGGCCCCUUUCACCCAGUGCCUGUGGGCAGCAGAGCACAGCAGGGCACACAUCAGGCUGCCAGGGCAGCUGCCAUUUGUGGUGGGAUAUUUGUGUAAAUCUGAAACAGUUGAGGACACAGCCAUAGGCUUUGGCCAUAGGUAUACAACAAGCCCAGCUAAAGAGAGCGCUGGUCCCAGUCCUGCCUCCUCUAGAUAUUCCCAGGCAGUCUUUAGCAACCAAGCAUGGCUUAGUUCUAUGGGCUGUGACAAUAACUGGGAGUUUUGCUUUCCAGCCCAGUCCAGCCCCACUGUGCUGCUGGGACGCUCAGCUCUUCCCAAGUGUUGUCUUUCUCUCUUUUUUGGCGCAAACAAGCAAUGUGCUGCUCUGCUGCCCGUGCAUCCCAUUUCAUAGGGGUUUGUUUCCCUUGUUACCUGAGCAGGGCCAUUGCUAGGGGGUGCAGCUUCACCUCCCCGGCUGCGAAAUACCUGGUGGAAGCGCACCUGAGCUUCAGCACUAAGUCCCUUUUGCAGUGGGAGCCCGGAUUGGUGUCUCAGGCUUUGUGUCAGUGCCUUACACAGCUCCUGCAGGGCAGUGCGGGUGCUGCGUCCCACUGCUCCCGGGGAGAUGCAGGGAGAGCGCCGCGUUCAUCCUUGGCCGUUUCAGUGUGUUCAUUUUGCUGACUGACUGUGAUCUUGAGAUCAUUGUUCCUCGCUUCUUCAUCACGCGGAAGGUUGUGAGCAGUAAUUAUUUUAGCAUAUGGCGAGAUGUGCAAUUAUUACCGCUAGGCUCUUCAUCGUAGACAAUCUGCUUUAGCACGGCUCUCCCGUGAGCGCCAGCAGCACGGGGCUCGGCCAAUUCCAGCACAGAAAGCAGCAGCCACCCCCAGACAAGUUCCUAAUUUCCAAUUCCUCCCAGAAGCCGUGACACUGCUGUUAAUGGCAAGUAAUAACGGCCACGGGAUGGAGCCUUAAAAUGAAUCACAAUAGUUGGAUGUCAUGGGCUAUUAAUUGAAUAAUUGCUUUAAGUCACUGUAUUCAUGAUUUUGGUUAUGAAGGCAUUUUAUCUGUAGUUAAUGCUCACGCUCUUAGCAAACCUGUGACUUGUGGAAAGCACCUUAACGUCCCAGUAAAUCAUGGUUUCCAUGGCAGGAUCUCCUGGCGCCUUGCAGGCAGCAAAGUGGGUCCCUGCAGCAUGGCAGGGAGGGCAAGAGGCACAAAUCGGGCAGUAGGGAGCAGCCACCACGGGCUGUGUUUGCAUCAAGGCAGGCAGACAACAUGCUCAAAGAAAAUCCAGGCUGUGUGCAGCUCCCAGAGCAGCCCUGCCCUUUCUGCUGCCCAGCAGCAGCCCCAUGUGCCAACCUGAGCUCACAGGAGGCAUCCGCACCCCUGCCCACCUCCACGGUGGAUGUGUGUGCCCUGGGGAGGGCUGGUGCUCCCCACGCACAGCUCGUGGCUUUAAGGCAGCAGCAGAUAUGCAAAUGCACUCAGCAGAGCACUCCUGCAGAUGUUCUUAUUUAAAACAACCUGAACCCACCUAAAGUAAUAACCUCAAAACCGCCUCACUGCUCCCAUACGUUCUGAGUCACUGCUGCAGAAUACCACAGGAAUAUUAUUUUUAUAAGAGAGAACCAUUUACUAAGUAAGCCACCUGUUAAAUAAACACACCCUCUCUCCAAAUAUUGCUGUUUUGUUUUCCAGACUAUGCACAAUCUGGAUUUAUUUUAGAUGAGAAAAGAUAAUCACUAAAGAAAAAAACCUGUAUUUUGACUAUUUGAAACCAUCCAUCUUGAGCACACAUCUGCUCCUCCACAAGCUGGCAGAGCGUUUACAUUAACGAGAAUCAUCGUUCCUUAUUCAGCCGGGAGCUAAUGAACUUCUAUCAUCAGACCAUGGCAGUCGUCAUUUAUUUUAACUUCUCCAAGCUUUCCAUUGUUUCCUUCCAGCGUGGCUUGCCAAGAGAGGCGUCCUCUCAUGGGGACAGAGGGCAGCUCCGGUCUCACUGUGCCAUCACCUUUUCCAUGCUUCUAAAGCCACACUGAGCAUCACCCCAUCUUUGGCAGCGUGGCUGUUGCUGCAGAGUUCCCCUCCCCAUGGCCACCUGCACUCAGCACCAGCUGCAGGGAAUUCAUGUGGGAGAGAUUCAGUGUUUUCUGGGUUUGGGGUCCGUCAGCUCCCAGGGCACUGUGAUGUUCUUCCCAUCCCAGAGGUGGGAGAGCAAUGCUUGCAGACUGGCUGCAAGGAGCUCCUUGCAUCCCACGUGCAUGCAGACAUUAGUGGGGAUUUCGACGGCUUUGGCAGAUCGUGCAUGCUCGGGUCUGCAACUGAUAGCUUGUUGCAAGUAAUUAUACAGCACAGACAGAGGCUUGCAGGUGGGCUGUGAGCCCUCACCCAUGGUGAGCAGUGCCAGAACAACGUCCUGCUGCUGAGAGCACUGCUGCACGCUGCUCUCCAGCAAACUGGUGGGCACGGCCUCACUGCUGCUGGCAGCACAAGCAGGUAGGGAUCACCUGGGGGCAUAAGUAUAGCCAGAAGGAUGCACUGCCAGUGUGAGCUCAUACCCAACUGCAGGCACAGAGUGGGACAAAACUGUUUCUAAAUCAGCCCCUGUUCUCUUCCCUUUGUGAUAAUGAAGCCUCUGCCAUUUUGCAUGGCCACGUGUGUUUCCCUGCUCUUUGGCACUCAGCACCUUGGCACAGGCACCUUUAGCUGGUGCUUUUCCCACACAUCUGAAUAACACAGCAGCAAAACCCUCAUUGCACAGCCCGCACCUUCCAGCCAGCAGCCUUCUCCUCGGGGCUGAGCUCAGCAGCCGUGGGCUCACAGAUGUCUGUCCAACACAGCAUCACCGAGUCACUCUGUGACUUUCUCCCAAGCACUUUCACGCAUCUUUACUCUAAUGCAAAACCUUAGGAGAUUUCAUAAAGCCUAUUCUACUCUUUUCCCUUUAAGUGCAGCCCACAAAUUAAUGGCGCCUGUUAAUUAGGCAGCUAAACCCGAAGGAAAAAAAAACCCUAAGGAGAAAAAAAAGUAAUGCUUCUCAUUUGAAGGUACUGCGCUGCAAAACACAUUAAAGACUUGAGCCAGCUUUUAAUAACUGAGAGACGCUUUAAUUAGAGUUGACAUAUGAACCAAGCAUGUGUGCCAUGCCCAGGGUGGGCUCACAUACAUGUGUGCCCUACAUAGGGGUGUGUGUAGGUUACACACACACGGGUGAGCCAAGCAGAGGACCCCAAAGAGGCUGCUGGCUUUUGAACCUCUGUGCUCUUUGAUGAUUAACAGAGGGAAGAAAAAAUAUUUUGCAUACCUGAGUCUCCAUUACACUAGUGCAAAAACAAGUUAAUUUGGAACUAUUGCAGCCACCGUUAGGAAAAAGUUGUAUCCAUGUAGGACAGACCCUUCCCUUCCCUCAUCUCAUCUCAUCCUGGUCCACAUAGAAAUCCAGGACUUGUUGCUCUCAAAGAACAGACUUCAAAUUUCUAUACUCACGUCAGGGCAGCAUUAAAUAUUGAAGUGAGAUAUUAAAAUUUCAGAGAGCCUAAAUUAAACCUGAGGUAUUCAAAAAUAAGUGUUCCUGCAUAUUUAAUACCAGAGAUCUCGUAAUUAACAUUAGAAAUCUCUCAUAUUAAGAAAAUGAGGAGCUGCCUAAAAACCAAUGACCACAGCUGUGACCUUCCGGGCACACAUUGGGUCUGCUAUGGAGGAGGCAUAGAUUUGUUAGCAGGCUGGAAGCAAAGUAAGCCAGGGAGGAUGGGGUUUGUAUGUCCCUGGAAGGUCUUCACUGCCCACAGAGUGACCAGCAGGGUAAGCCCAGUGCUUGGCAGGCUGCUUGCCCAGCUGAGCGGGUGCCCCUGCACAGGGCACUGGGGUGUUUUUGCUUCUUCACCUGAGUUCCCAGGGCUGUAGAAUAGCUCUGGUUAUCACACGGCUCCUCGAGAUUUAAAGCCUUUAUUUAAGCACCUGAAUUUAUUAUUCUAAGUGUUUUUGUCCCUCAUGCACUGCUAUAAGUGGGAAGUUAAAUCAAUAGUAUGCCACAUUUUUAGGUCUGUCUGAGGAUUUGAGAAUAGCAAACAAGGCCACAAGUCCUGCAGGUACCAGCAGCAGCCAGCUCCUACACCGUGCUGAGCCGAGUGGUUGUGCUUAGAACUGCACAACUAAUAGAACUCAGCCAGCAGAGACUGUGCCCCAGCUUAUGAACACUGGGCUCUGCUCAUCCUGCUUCCACAGAUACAGAUGAUCUUAUCAUCACAGCCUUUUGUGUCUGUGGAAAUCAAGUGGAGAUCACCAAAUGCCCUCCCACAGAAGAACAUAGCUCUGUGACAACGGGCAGGAUCAAGGUUACGGACACUGGUUUAACAUUGACAAUUUGUCCAGUCAAAGUAAAUAUGCUUUUCAUGUGUCUUACAAAAGCUGCUCCACUACUAUGGCAAAAGGAGUCAUCAGCUUUGUCAAUGGCAACACCAAAUGGCUGCCCCAUGUCCCACAGCACUGGCACACAGCUGUGCAGGCAGGGUGGGCAGUGAGGCAGCACCCCAACAGCGUGCCCUGGUGCAGGGCUCCCAGCAGCACCCUGAGGACCCAGGCAGAGCCCGCAGUGCAGCACAGCUGUGGGCUGUGAUUUGUUAGGAUGGCUGCUAACUUGCAGUGCUCGAUUUCAGAGGGUCACUCGGUACAAUGGCAAACCACUCAUUCCCAGCAAAAUGUCAGAUUAUGGAUGGAGGGCAAGAGAAGGGGCACAGAGAGAUAAAACCAUAUACUGACAAAACAAUAAAGGAAAAAUCAAUCUUUAUGACAGAUGAGAAAGGAGAUUUACAGUGUAAUCAGAAAGCACAAAGAGAUUCAUGGCUUGCCAGAGUGGUAUCCAGGCAGCAUUAUUCUAUAGAUGGCAACACAAUCACACCGCCAGAUCUGUUUGUGUUCCCGAGCAAAUCUUCUGUGCGUCCUGUUGGAGUGGGCACUACAAGCACAGAUCUCAGCACUCCAUCUGCACGCUGUGCCUCUCCAUGCACGGCUCUGCAAUCCUUGGGCUGUUCUGAUGCAAUCAGCUGCACGGAGCGUGCAUUGCAGCAAUGGCAGGAGAUAAGAGCUGCCUGGAGGGGGAGAGGCAGUGCCACGUGGCUCCUCCUCACACAGCCAGAGCAGCAAUUAGCGUGGAAAGCAAGGCAGCCCUCCUCUGCUAAUGAGCUUCUGGCUAUCAAGCCAUUGUCUUAAUUUCUAGGCGUUCGGAUAAGAUAUCUUUUAGAUAGGAUCAAAAUGGCCGCUCAGCUUGAAUGCAAAGAAAUCCUGAUCUAUGAGUUUAAUACCAUGUAAAGCUUAACGUAUACCUCAGCCUGAACCGGUUCGGAUUGCCUGGCAUUUCUUAUCUAAAAAGCAAGAAUCACACAGUGAGUCCCCGAGGUGAUUUAAUCAUCAGUUGCAGCAAUGGAAAAACAAACCCUUUUUUUUUUUCUCUCUCUGCAAAACCUCUCCUGCCCUGUGACGACCACCCAGGCCCCCAGACUCCGUCUCCUCCUCUCUGGCAAAGCAGGGGUUCUGGACUAUGGGCUGUGCCCCCCAGGAUGGACCUGUCGUGCCAGCCCCCACCCGAGGCCAGCAGCAGAAGCAGCCACUCAGGCUGGGAGCUGUCAGCAAUGCAGCAGAGCCUGCAGCCUGCCAGGCCAUGGUCUGUUUGGUGCAGCUCGCUCCCCUGCUUGGUGUGGCAUUCAAGCUCCAUUGGGCCACCUGCAGCCACUGCACUGUUCCUUACAUCUCAGUGCUGAUUGAUAAGCUCACAGUCAGCUCAGGGCUCGUGGUAGCAACAUCGAGAACAAAAUCAGCAGUGAGAUAGGCAGCCAAACUCAGACCCAGCCAGGAAAACCAUGAUGCUGAGUCUUUUCUUCCCAGCAUCUCUCGAAACAUCUCAGAGGAAGGUGCCAAGUGCAGACCCACAGGGAAUCUGCAAACCCUGGCAAUGUGCAAUUGCAAAACAAGGCAUGCACAGGGGUUAAACACACAGACCAGUCUGUGGCACGGAUGUAGGUUUGUAGACACUCUCACCCUGUCAAUUAUUUAAAGAACAGACCACAGCAGAACAAGUUGGAGCAGAGACCCGGCAGUCUGGUGAUGAGUCUUCCCAACCAUUCCCACCAAUAGCAUCACCAGAGAGCCCCGUUUCAUACAGUACUCUGCAUGGCACACAGGACAGAAACAACUACGAUACCAGUUAUGCUGUUUUCAUGUGGUGAGGAAUUAAUUCAUCCUCCAUGAAGCUCUGCAUCACAGUAGCAAUAAAUCAGUUGACUGAUAAGGGCAGCAGCACUGAAAAUUAUGUGAUCUGUUGGCCUAUUGCCUCAGCCAGGAAAAUCACAGAGAUUGGAAACCACAUCACACUCCUCCUUGGUCACUUUCCCCUUUGCCCCGUUGAAGCCUUGGUUUGCUCCUGCUGUCUGUUAUGUUUAGAAAGUCAGGAGCAGAAAAAUAAGCAGGAGAAAACCCUGAAGGCAUCAGGUUGAUGCCACGCUGCUGCGAGUUACAGUCGAAUUACUGUAAUCCUUAAUUUUCCCAAGAUAGUUUCAAAACAAUGAACUUAUCAUUUUCAAGCCAAGCCAUUUAUGUAUGUCCUUUUCUCCUUCGUUCUCAGACAGUGGGCAACCAGAAUUUUAUUUUGCAUGAAGUUCUUUGGCAGCAUUCAUCCAUAAUCAUCAACAAAAUAAGUUAAUAUAUGUAGGCGACUAUAAUGACAGUAAAUGCAGUGUAGGAGGGAUAAUAUGUGCUUCAUUGUCAAUGCUCACAUGCUGAAUUAAAUACUCUAUUCUGGUCAAAUGCUAAUACACUCCAUGAGCACUUUUCCAUAAACACGUUUUUUAAAUGUAAGAUACAGAAGUGAUAUGAAUAAUAUAUUGGAAUGAUCUGAUAUAAGUGAGCUUAAGAAGGGGUGUUUUUCUGCAGCACGUCGCCUGGUCCCAGCACUGGCAUUAGCUGCAUGAAGAAAGUCUUCAUGAUGGUAUCAAUUCAGCCAUGAGGACCUCAUCUGUAAAGGACGCGCUCUUUUCGCACUGGUUUUGGCCACAGCUGGCCAAAUGAUGGGGACCACCUCAGUUUUGAGCGCCAGUAACUAUCAAUGAUUCCUCCUUUCUGAUAUAUUUAAGAUUUUCUCUCUUGUGGUUUGCAUUGCAGCCAUGGAUGGGGAGGGAAGCCAAGGGCUGUGAUGCUGUAUUGAUGCCUUGAGCAUAACGGCCGCAGGCCCUGCGCAUCUGGCUGAUGCUUUGAUUAGUCUGCUAACACAGGGAGGACUUUAAAGAGCAGUAAACAGCAGCACCCUGAAUUAACGCCCUGCUUCUCUGCUGCCUGUUCUUCACAAAGAUAUUUUCCUUAGUGAUCCAGAGCAAAAGGCUUAGUAUGGUAUCAUAAGGCAACUCAAAAGAAUAAAUAAAUUGAGCAGCACAAAGCUCAAUAUUAAACAGACAAUGUGGGAACAGUAUCUAAAUGGUACCACCUAUUUUGGAGCUAAAAAUAGGCUCAGAAAAUCAAAUUCAACAUUGACAUUGGAAUAAAGAAAAGACAUUAGUUGCUCCCCAGCCCCACAAUAUCCCCAGCACCAACUGCAGGCCCCCUGUUGGGGCAGCAGCCCCAGCCUGGGGGUCCCAGCAAUGAGGAACAGAGGUGGGGAUAUCACUGGGGGGUGAAAUGAUUGAUCAGAGCCCUCUGAAACGUGACGUGGGUGAUAUUUUCAGCACUGGGGGAACAGACUUCUUUUUUCAUCCAUCUUUUCGCAUAGUUCUCUGCCUUCUAGGCAGACCCGUUGGUGAUCGGCAGCUGUCAAUGAGAUGCUCCAUGCUGCAUAAAGACUGGGACAAAGUAUAAUAUAUUUCAAAAAAAUCAUCACUCAUCGAAUCACAGCAUGGCCUGGGUUGCAAAGGAGCACAGCGCUCAUCAGUUCCAACCCCCUGCUGUGUGCAGGUCACCAACCAGCAGCCCAGGCUGCCCAGAGCCACAUCCAGCCUGGCCUUGAAUGCCUGCAGGGAUGGGGCAUCCACAGCCUCCUUGGGCAGCCUGUGAACAGUGCCUCACCACCUUUGGCUGAAAAACUUCCUCCUCAUAUCCAACCCAAACCUCCCCUUUCUCAGUUUAAAACCAUUCCCCCUUGUCCUAUCAGUGGCCCAAAAUCACACAAUGUCCAAUCAAAAUCACACGACCAGUUCCAACCUGCUGGUGGAUUUCCAUGGACUAAUGACCAAUUAAUUCUGACUGUUUCAAGGGUGCUUACUCUUAAUUAUAAACUCCUGCUUAUACUUACAAACUAUGUCACCUGUAAUUGCAUAUCUUUCCAAUAUCUCUUGGUUCAAAAAACAGAAUAAGCAUUAAUGUUUAAGACCUAAAGCUGACAGCUAGAUGCUUCUCUAGCAGAGUUUGGGAAUACAAAGCAAUGGCAGCUCAGAUGUGUGGAAUGGUUUGGAAUGCAGGGAUGGGGAGCUGAGGUGCAGUGCUGCCCACAGCCCCGGGUGCCAUGGGAGCCAGCAAGCACUGCCAGCCACAGACAGCCCUGCAUUGUCUCAUUUGUUUCAGAAUUAGCUGUCUUUUCAAUCUAAUGUCAGUACUUAUUGUUUGAACUCCGAUGGGCUGGUUUUGCCAAUUAUCAUCAGUGUCUUUUGUGAAGCAGCUUGCCCAGGCUUUUAAAGCACAAUUACCAGCCUGGUGCAGCAGAUAGGAUGCCUGUGACAUUUUCACAUGCUGAAAAUAAAUACGUAAAAUAUAACAAAACAAGACUUUUAUUAGUAACAUACUUCUAGGAAGGAAUAUAAAGUAGCCAUUAGGAAUCCCGCUAACAUCAUUGGUCAUUAUGACAAGAAGGAAAAUAGCUUUCUUAGGGCUUUGAUUUCUCUUUUCUUCUUAAUGGGUACUCCCUUUUCACCAUCACCAGCAGAUGAUCUUGUCUAUUAGCAUUUACUCAGCACUUACCACUUUUAUAUUUCUUCAUAACCUCUGCAAUUCAAGUAACAUCGCAGCUCCGCUCUGAACCUUUACUUUGGUACAUAUGGAUAACGAUGCAGCACCAAAGAUGCCCCCCAUCCUCACUGCCAUUGCAGAAGCCGCCAGGUGGGGUCAUUUGGCUGAGUCAAUCCUGUCACCAUAAACUACAUUUAUACCUCAUCCAAAAGGGUUUUGCAGAACAGUUGUUGCUCAGUUUUAGUCCUAUGUAAUCCAUCGUUCCGAGGAGCUCAGAUGCGUGCAGUGUCUGCACGAGGCAGCUCCUUCCAGCAGCAGCACCGCUCCAUUCUGAGGGCAGAGCCAGACAGAGGGCUUGGAUGUGUCCUCUUCAUACCCCUGCACUGCAUUUAAUUGAGACUCUGUGCACAGUGCAAAAUCAAUUAUAAUGCAGCACCAGAUUUAAAUGCGAUGUCAGUGCGACUGCACGGUUUGGUUUGCCCUCUGUGAAGCAGGGUUAGGCUCUGUUAGACAGGAGCCAAGCAAGAACCAGCCCAGACUUUUCCAAUUAAAACUGGAAUGACAAAUUAUUUAAAGGAGUCUGCACCAUUUCUAAUGGUGAAAAACAGAUGGUAGGUAGGAUGAGUUCCAUAAGAGCCCAGAGCUGAUCUCUAGGACAAGAGGAGUGAAUCAUGAAAGCCCGUGGAUUCAACACAGCUACCAUCAUCCACUUUGCUCUUCUUUCCUGCAGAGCAGGUCUAGCGCAGCACAACACUUGGUGCUUCCCCCUGGCCCACAGUGCUGCACAUCUGUUAAACUCUGCAUAAAGGAUUAGGGUGUGAAACUCAGAUUCAAAGCAGAAUCCUUCUGUUACUGUUUUAGAAGUUUUACAGAGAUAACCCAAUCUUAGCCAUGGAGCACCAGCUCUUGGUUACAUGGCUCUGGAAUAAAAUUUAUAGUACCAUAGAACUGUUCCAUUUAGCAGGGACCUUCAAAGGCCAUCCGGUCCCACACCCCACAAUGACCAGGGACACCCACAGUUCCAUAGGUGCUCAGACUCCAUCCCUGACCUUGGGUGUCUGCAGGGAUGGGGCACCACUGCCUCUCUGGGCACUGUUGGAAAGCUCCAAGUAAACUGAUAAGCGAAGUUCCUACCUGUUGUUCGUGCCUCUCUUUCAAAUAAUUAAUGCAGUCAGUAUGGGAACUGAGUCAGAUUACAAAGCCAAACCCUGUUUCAAGCCAUGUGCAGCAGCUUCAUCAUUUAAAUACGUUCUUGUGCAGUGUAUCCAUGACAAAUGGUUUUGCUUCCCAUGGCAAGUCUCAGUUUUUAGGCUAAUGAACAGAUAUCUCACACUCCCUGAUUCAGGCCUUCCAUCUCCCUAGCCCCACGAGUACAGCCUUUGUUCUGGCAGGUUUGAUGCAUUUGCCCUUUACACCACUGGUGUUUGCUGCUUAAUUACCAGGCGGGGCUACAAAAUGGAAGCAUGCAGCAGUACAGGCUGCGUGCAGCGAGAUCUGGAAGUGCUGCACAGCAGGAUUCCUCUUGCAUUUGUGAAAUCACUCAGCAGAAUUACAGCUUUUGCUGGCAAAGCUACUUAAAAGCAAAUAAGGUCAAAAAAGCAUUAAGGAGCCUGAAGGGAAAGCCCGGCAUUAUUCAUCCGUUCAGAACAUAAAGCUUCUGUGUCAACCACGAGCAGUUAGAGUAAACAUUUGUACAGCACUUCACCUCCAUAGAUGGGGUGAGCAGAGGGGAAUUAUUUCUGGUUGGUAAUGUGAUGGUUUCCCUGCAAACAACAAACGAUGGGAGCGGGUAGGAGGCCGUAGCUCCUCGUGGCACAGCCCUGCUGCAGCCACGUGCCACGUCCUGCUUAUGGAACCUUCGUGAUUUAAGCGACGUGAGCGAUAAAUGCGUGUAACCAAACGAAAAUCAGCCUAUGAACAGAGCUUGAAUCUCAUCUGGGGACACAGAAAAAGAGACGAGCUAAUACGAAGCUAUUAGAAAAUGUUUCCCACGGUUGACCUUAUUGAAGUACUUCUUAGUAGCCCAAAGGUAGGAAGCAUGCACAGCACGCUCGUGGGUUUUAAAAAACGCAGAUAGGAUUGUAUGUAUGGCAGCAAUCCCAUAAACACACCUUAGCUAUAAAAGAAGUCACCGUUUUUUUACCUAGUGCCCAAAACUCAGUUCAGUUUAGACUGGGAAAAUUUGUACUGGCAGUAUUCAAGAUCAGACCAAACAAAAUCAGCCAUGACAACACGCUCUUAAUGAAUUUCAGAAGAGCAAACACUGAGCUAGCUAAUGUCAGCAAGUGAUGCUGCACUUUAUUCCAGAACAAAUACGAUGUCUUAGCGACAAAAGAAAAAACUCCAGGCCUUAUUUGUGCACGGGCAGCUUUCCUGCAAAUAAACUUGCGUAAAUGACAGUGAAUCAAAGAGUAACACUGAGCGCAAUGUGGGAACACUGCUGUACGAAGUGCCACUCACACCGUGUCGGACUCAGAUUCACAUUAUGGAUGAUACCCAUCACACCUUUAUCUGUCUUCUGCUGAUGAAAUUUGCGCUGUGAGUCAAUGUACAGCAUCCGUGUCAAAAGAUCAGAUAUUGUAUUUGUUUGUUUUCUAGCUUGCUUGUAGCUGAUAACAGCAUAAGCCGAGCGAAUCCAAGGAAAAAUAAUUCAUCACAGUGCUCUGUUCCCCCCUGCACUGCCGCAGAGAUAUCCCCAUCACAAGUGUGAGUCCGACUGCAUCAAAUUCCGCUUAAGCAUCAUCCAUCAGCUGCACAGAGAGCACUUUCCUAAGGCUCCUGUAGGGCUGACGGAGCUGAGCACAUUGGUCGGAGCCCAGCCAGGUCAGCAUUGCCCCGACACCCACCUCUGCACUCCCACCCUGCACCAGGCCCUGUGCUGCAGGGACGUCCCUGCCCUGUGCACCGGGGUCACUGCAGCCCCAGCUGCCACCCAUGGAUAAAGCCAUCCCCACAGAGACCCCACAGACAGCUCCAGGGGUUGGGUCACCUCUCCCUGUGCUCAGACCCCUUCUGUUAAGGAUUGUAUCUCACUCUAGAAUCAGGUUAUGGAUUGUACACGAUUAGAAAGCGAUAUGCAUAGAUAUAUAAAUACUAACCUUUUUUAGUCAUUUCUAAAUAAUUCAUCUCCAAUACUACAGGAUAGGGUGAGGGGUUUUGUUUUUAACAAGCGCUUUACAGCCACUGAAUUGAACGGAUGCCUUAUUUGUGAGGGUGGGAGGGAUUUGGAGGAGCAGCCCCUGCUGCACAGGCUGCCACAGAGCCCUGCAGGAUGGACAGCCCAGGCAGCAGGGCUGGAAGGCAGCACAGGGUUGUGCUCCUGGGCCGGGCACUGUGCAACGUGAGCCAAGCAGGAGCACUGCAAUGCUGCAGCACGUGGGGAUCUGCCUGCACCACCAGGUGCAUCCCACAAGGAAUGAAAGAGCCUCUGCAGAACAGGUGGAAAAGCUUUCCUCCAAAGCCACUCAGUAACUGCCUUGUAACCUCACUUCUGUACGAUGGGUAGGAAUGGAAUCACUUCCAUUAAGCAUUGGUUAGGUAAACUUCUCCCAGGAUUAAAAUAUAGCAACGUUUUUCUUUUCUGUUGUUUUCAAAGAGUUUAACCUGAGGUCAACAGAGUCCCUAACUCUUUCCAAAACUCAGCAACAGCCCAUAGGGAUGAGCAUACUUAUUUCCUGCAUCUGUUCUCCAAAUUAAAUCAGAAACUGCUUAUAAAGGAACAUUCCUGGCAGUCCCCAGGGGAGCUCUGAUGGAGACCUGCCGUGACGGCGAUGCUCACUGCUGAGAUCUCCAUGCUGCAGCACGGCUGGAACCUUUCCUCACUUCUUUUUCAUUUGAUACUGUACUAAUUGUAAGGGAAAUAUAACACCACCACAGGGAUAAAAUCUGGAGCACUGGCGAGACACCGGUUGGGUUCAAUGGAUCAAGAGAUACGUUUUAGAUGUUGCUGUGCCAUGAGAGCAGCGAGCAGCCAUGCCCUCACACUGCAGCACCAUUUGUGUUUGCUCUGGCACGAGGAACGUGGUGUGAGGGCGUUUUAGUGGCACAUGUGAACACGAAGGCAGAGCCCAUGUGCCAUUAACACAGUGCUGCUCUUUGGCACUCGUGAUAAUGUACCUUGUUUAACUACGACCAAAUCCAACCAGCCCAAACUUCAGCACUGCACAGCAUCUUGUGACACACACAGUGUUUUCGGUAGCAACAGACUAUGGGAUGUGGGGGCUGCAGCCUGGUAGGACAUACCCGUGUUUCUCGCUUCUAUGUACUAUUUUGUAUGGGUUAGAGAAGAUGGCCUCUGUUGUGCAUUGUUUGUGAAAUGUUUCUUAUCCCAGAGAGGUGUACGAUGUAAAAUACGUCAGUGAAAAGUGUAUAUUUUAUGUGAGAGGAAAAUACAUUUUAAUAAAGGUAAAGCUUUGUUAGCUGUAAAAAUGGCAACUGUUCAAGUGUACAGUAACUUCUUACUAAUGUACGAAAAUCUGUGAUAUUUUUGAUUUGAUUGUAUUUGUAUUGCCCAAAUAAAACAUUUUGGCUGUAUUGUU